CUUUGCUCGAACUGACUGCGGACAUCAACGAACGUCGAUUAGCAUUGACCCGUACAUGAGAACAUGGUCUAAAUGUUUACAGGGUGGCAGUCGAACAAUCGAUAGAGCAUUCGAGAUUGGCGAGAAUCUCACAAAAUUUAUGCGCUGAACACUACUUGCAGCCUCUACCCCAAAUGAAGGGUUCGCUUCCUUCUGUCCUUGCAUCGCAGGCCGCUCCUUCCGAUAUCGAACUUCUGCUGCUUCGUUCCAUUGAGUGAACAAUAUUCGAGGAUGGAACGCAUGAUGCUGCACUGGAACAUGCCACCGUUAUAUUGCGGUACUUCCUAGGUGCUGGGAGGGUUUCACUUACCAAGAACCUCUUGGAUAUGCUUCCGCGUGACCUCGCCUCCAUCGACCAGCCUGAGGAACGAGUAUCUUUACUACAGACAGUUCUUCACGAUCUGAGACAGGCCGCUUGGUUAAGCGACUACAGGGGACUUAUCGACCAGGCUUACGAUGCCGUCGUAAAACCACUCACCUCGGAUUGGAUGAUGCCGAACGAGACAGGAGACCGUCGUCCUGCAAGCCUGAAGCGCGCAUUGGAGCUUGCCAGCAUUGUUGAAGAUUCGGGGUAUAAGUUGUAUAAUGAUUUCUUGCAUCUCGAUGGCCGAAGGCUUGGGGAGUACCUUGUCGCUGUUCGCUGGGCGACGAUAGCUGGGUUGGAAGGGGGUGGAUCGGAUCCUCUCAAGAUUAUUCUAUCGUAA